AUGCCUCCGAAUGGAUCAUCAUUCACGACUCUAAAUCUUCCACCGACAUUCGAGUUACCUCAAUGUAUGGAAUAUUUCAGCCUCCAGGCAGGCCCAAACACAGACCUUUGGCGCAAACCACCAAACGGAGACACUUCCACAGCACCAAUUGUCUUCACGUCACUCCGGCGACCAUUCGUCGUAGCCGAGGUAACCGUCAGUGCAGACUGGGAGAUGGAAUGGGACCAAGGCGGACUAGUGAUUUUCGCUGGUGCAGCACCGCAAUCCUUCUCCGACCUCGACGAGCCAACAAUUUACCGUGGGGCGCCUCAAUUCCCAUGCAAAUGGGUGAAAGCCGGCAUGGAAUUCUCGUCGGGGACCGUGAAUGCCUCAUCAGUGAGUGCUACGGCCGACGGCGCAGACUGGUGUUUAUCCCCGCUAGGGUCUACGGAUAUGGCGAUCCACUCACUGCGCAUUAAGCUUGAGCGGGUCGGCCACGCCCUGUGGAUCUGGUACCAGGUUCCAUCGGCUCUGCCCUAUACCCUCACGCCUGGUGCAGUGGGGAGCACGUGGAAGAAGCUGCGAGAGGUGACAUGGUUCUUUUAUGGAGUUGAGGAUAAGUUCGUGCAUGUUGGUGUCUAUGCGAGCCGGCCGACGAGUCUGUCGCGUGGGGGAACGAUGUGGGAUGCGAUGCACGGCAUGACACUUGAUAAUUCGCUGCCGACUGGUUCGGAUGGGCUGGUUGUUGAGUUUGACGACCUGGAAAUCUUCUAG